CUUUAUUGGAAUGAGGGAAGGGCUGUUCAAACAGCUCUAUCAUUGGACGAGGGUCUGAGGCAAGUAGUCCAUAUUCAUGACAUUGACCAAAUAAGUUCUGAAUAUCAGGAUAAACUGGUUCACCUCUCUGGAAGUCUUCAAACAGACAGGGUGCUGAGUGAUUCAGACUAUGGCAUUGCAGUCAAAGCUGCCAGACUAAGACGAAAUGUUGAAAUGUACCAAUGGGUGGAGCAUAAACACACCGGGGAACAUGAUGAAGGAGGACAAGAAGGAGUAAAAACAGUGACCACAUACACUACCGAGUGGAGUAGCAUUUCAUCUGUAACUGGUAGUUUUGCUGAGCCUGGGCAUCAGAAUCCCAAAACUAUGCCAGUACAAUCAUACACUAAAGAGCCAGACUCUGUGAGAGUUGGGGCAUUCAGUCUUUCUAAAGAGCUUAUUAGAAAAAUAGAUGCUUUCCAGCCAUUGAGUCCCCGAGAAGUUCCUCAAGGAAAGAUGAUGAAUAUCCAUAACGGGAUGUUUUAUCAUUCUACGGACCCAUCUCAUCCCAUAGUGGGAGAUGUGCGUGUCCAGUUUUCCUAUGCUGGGCUUAGUGGGAAGCCAGGCUCAGGUUUGGGAGACCCAAUGAAGGUCAGUAUUGUAGCUCGACAGCAAGAUGGAAGAUUAUCACAUUAUCACUCAAGAUCUGGCAAUUCGUUGGAGCUCCUUUAUCCUGGAGAAAUGAGUGCUGAGGAGAUUUUUGAAGCUAAGAAGUUAAAAAACGUGGCUUUAACGUGGGUUUUAAGGGUGAUAUUCUUGGUCCUGAUGAUCCUUGGAUUUAUGAUAAUAGAAGCCUAUAAUGGUCUGAUGAUGGCCUGUAUUCUUACUGCACUGAGUAAGUGA